GUAUUUAAUAUAAGACUCAGAUGUAUUCAUUCAGUGAUUUUUAUGAGCGACGCGUGCGCAGUCACAUCGCUACAAAGAUAAUUUUAAAUUAAAUUCAAAACUUCGGAUUUUCUGUGAAAACAUUAACAGUGCACAAUGGUGAGCAAGAAAUAUAAUGUGAAUGAUAAAGAUAUAAAAACUGGAAGCAAACAUAAUCAAAUACUUAUGUCUAUAGUGGUAUGCAUGCCAAUACUGGCAUAUGGUACUGCGAUGGGUUGGAUUUCACCCCACAAAGCCCUGCUGAUGGGGGAAUCCUCACCCUCAGAGAGACCCCUGACUGAAGAGGAAGUAUCCUGGAUGGCAUCUAUCAUGUUCAUUUUUGCACCGAUAGCUGUGUUCGUAUACGGGGUAGCUGCGGAUAGAUUUGGACGAAAAAAUGCUUUGCUCUGUGCAACUUUGCCUAUAUCUGUCGGUUGGGCAGUUAAACUGAUAUGUGCGCACCCUAUAGCGUUGAUAGCUGCGCGUGCGCUCAUAGGCUUCGGAUCAGGUGGAGGCUUUGUGGUAUGCCCUCUUUAUGUAAAAGAGAUCAGCGAGGACAGUAUACGAGGAAUGACUGGGACAUUUAUAAUAUUCUCACAGACAGUUGGAAAUCUUGUCGUCUUCAUCUUAGGUGACCUCUUGCCAUUUAAAACAGUAUUAUGGAUUCUGCUUGCAAUACCAUUGGUACACUUCUGUAUAUUGUUGCGGCUACCGGAGACGCCAUCGUACCUGGUCAAAUGUGGGAAAAAUGAGGAAGCUGCCAAAGUGUUGGGUUGGCUACGAUCGUUUCCACAUACAGACAAAUCUAUAAGUGAGGAGGUGGAUCGACUGAUUAUUGAACAAAGUACAUCGGAGCUAAAGUUCUCUCCAAAACUGUUACUUGCCGACAAAACAGCGCUGAAGGCCUUUUGGGUAGCCCUCAUAGUGAACCUGACUCGAGAAUUCUGUGGAUGUAUAGCGGUCUUGGUCUACGCAAGUCAUAUUUUUGCUGAAGCUGGCAAGGAUCCCGAUUCUAGUAUUGCUUUAUCACCAAAUAAGCAAUCGAUUUUAUUGGCUUCGGUGCAAAUAAUAGGAUCGUUUCUGGCGUGUCAGCUUGUAGAUAGAACUGGGAGAAAGCCUCUGCUAGCAGUUACAAGUCUGGUGGCUGGCCUCAGUAUGUGUAUUCUAGGGGUAUGGUUCUACCUUCAAAGCAUCAGUGUUGCCCUCCCUGGCUGGCUGCCCAUUGCUGCGUUAUGUUUUUGCAUAUUUGCAGACGCGUCUGGGUUACAACCUCUACCAUUCGUCAUUAUGACCGAGAUGUUUAGCUUCCAGCUUCGAGGCACAGUAGCAACACUGAUAAUGGCGAUAUCAUUAGGCACAGACUUCGCGCUCCUCAAAUUAUUCGCACCACUCAACAAUUGCAUAGGAUAUCAUUCUACUUUCUGGAUUUUUAGCUUUAUAUGCCUUGCUAACGUAUUUUAUUUGAUAUUAUGCGUUCCUGAGACCAAAAUGAGAAAUCUAGAAGACAUUUACGCAGAUUUGGAAGGCAGAAGACGAAAGAAAAAGAAAAAUGAUCAACCUAAUUUAUAGAUAUUUUAAGAUUUAGUCUAUAAACAAUUUUAAGCCAAUAUAUUUUUACAUUAAUCUGGGUAGAGAGACCGCAGCACUGUUGACCUAGUGACUUCAGUGUGUCUCUCAUCCCUGAGGUCGUAGGUUCGAUCCCAGCUGUACACUAAUGUGUACUGUACACUACUUUCUUUCUAUGUGCGCAUAUAACAUUUUCUCGAACGUUGAUGGAGAACAUCGUGAAAAUUAGCUUGUCAUACACUAAUCACGGUUUUUGCCAAUUAGAUUAACAAAAGAUCAUCAAAUAGAUUUAUUUUGGAGCACUUAACUACUGAUUUAUUUUUUCAUGGCCGCGCAUUUUUUUAUAAAAUAGGGGUGCAAACCAGGAGGUUCAUCUGAUGUUAAAUGAUACGGCCGCCCUGGACAAUCUAGAUAAGACGAACGUUAUUUUUUAUACCUAGGAUUGUCUGUAUUCCUAGUUACGUAGGAAGCAUAUAAAUUUAAAACUGUAAGAAAUAACCCAGAAAAACUAAAAAUAUAAAGUAUGUUUUUCAAUGUAACAACAGCCAACUAGGUUAGUUAGCUGUUUGAUUAACAGCCUAGCCCUUUCACUAAAUAACUAGCGGCCUGAAAGAUAUUCCGAAGUUAACUUAAAGUUAUGAUUCGAGAAAUUUUUAUUUCUUUAAACUUAACCGUGGCGUUGGAUCCACGACUUGGCCACCCUGUAUAUAUUUAUAAAAUACUCUGCUUAGUUUAGUUUUAGUUAAUAAACAGUACAUUUGAUUCUGUAUGUAAGAAAAAAGUUGUUUAGUAUGAAGAGUCACUAUUGUAUGCGUAUACUUAAUACUUCAUGACAGAAAUAUGGUUGUGAAAAAAUUCAUCUAUCCCUGGCGUAUCCUCGUUGUAAAAUAUUAAAACUUCUUGGUGUUAAAUUUGUUAUAGACAAUAAUUUCUUAUAAUUUAUAGCAAAGUUUAGACUUUACUUGACAUAAGUCUAUAAUCCUUGAUUAGUUAAUGUUAUGUCAUGUCACCGGGUUGCUCAAACCAUUAUCCAGUGUUUUUACCAAUAUUUUUAUAUUGAUAUGUACACUUAUUCCGUCAAUAUUUAAAAAACAUUACAUUUCCACCAAUUCCCAAAUCAAGGGUAUGAAUGGGUUCUCCCAUAAUAAUACUCCCUACUGGCCAAAAUAUUAAUUUGUGUUUUCCAGGUAAUUGUUGCAAUAUAUUUAUUUAUAAUGUAAAUAGUAGAAUAAAUAAUAAAACACAAUUCAAUUAAAGGAAAUUUACUUGAUAAUAAAUAACUAGAAGUAUACAAAAGCUGUUUUUUUAUUUUUUAUUUUUUACAAAUUUUCAUAACGCAGUUACGAUACGAUAACAACAAUUCUGUGUUUAAUGUUGCCAUUUUCCAAAUUUAGGGAGAAAUUUAAAACAGAAUUGCUGCCAUACACUUAAAUAAAGACUAGUGAACAUUCAACAUAGGUACAGAAAAUGAAGCACAGGUUAAAUACUAAGAAUUAUAUUUGAACUAAGCUGUUCUUGUUAUACGUAAAUAUUCCAAUCAAUGUAUAUCUGCUUCUUUUCAUCACGGUGUAAAAGCUAUUUGAUAGAUAGAGACGGAAGCGUAGUUUUUAUAAGCAGGAUCGUACUUACGUUUAGUGGAAUAUUUAAGACCCAACAUCGCUU